UGGAUAGGCUAUUAGAGACUGCUUGGAAAGUAUACAAUAACCGUGAGAGGGAGAGUUCUCAAAGACAACAGCGACAUCUGCUGGCGGUGAUGCAGGGCAGAGGCCAGCACAACCCUGCAGGUCGAGAACUCUGACGCGACUACGAAGUGCCCUGAUCUGGAACCGUCCGUUAUCAUUAGAAAAUCCAGUACAUGAAAUUGAACCAGGAGACCAGGUCUACGUCCGAGAUUGGAAUGAAGAACCACUGAAAGAACGGUGGAAUGGACCAUACUUGGUACUACUAACAACAUUUACCGCGGUAAAAGUAAAAGGAAUAGACUCUUGGAUUCAUUAUACCCGAGUGAAAAAGGUUCCUAGAAAUUGGGAAGUAGAAACUCUUGGACCAACAAAACUGAGACUGAAAAGCAGAUAAAUGUCGUGCUUUGUGUAUAGUACCUUAAUUGUAACCUGGUCUUUGACAUCCCUAAUGGUUAUCACUUUUGUAAAGGUUCCGCAGAAAAAGGAAAUGAUGAAAUCUGUCACUGGACAAAAUGCCACUCUGUUUUGCAAGUUCAAAAACACUGUCCCGAGGAAUUUAGAAUUAGACAGGUAUGGAUGGAAAUUAAAGGGAAAACAGAACUCUAGAGGCAAGGUAUUAAAUAAAUUCUGUUUACGUAACCCCCUUCAGGAUCAUGGGAUAAAGGCAGGACAUUCAUACUAUCAGAUUCCUCUGGACAGUGAUAUACUUAUCUAUUGCCUAUUGGAUGAUCCACUACCUAGGGAGUUUGGAUGGACAAGGAAAGGGAAGAAAAUCCCUAAUGAUAACAGGCAUUUAACAGAAUUAAGAUCAGGAGGAAUGUUAGUUCAGACUAUUAAACAAGUAGAUGAAUCAGAUAUGGGGGCAUAUAGAUGCCAAUACCAAAAUGAAACUGCUUCUGGAUACAGUGAAAUAAACAUCACUAGAAUUAGAGUAAAACGAGCAAUAGAAUCAACCCAACUGCCCCAGGUAAUGAAUAUACCUCGGGGUGAUCCUGAAGAAAACCUGAUAAUUGGCUUAAUCAAAGAUUUUGCAAAAAUACAGAAUACUAGUAGAAUUACAGCAUGUUUACCCCUGCCGAAAACAGCAGGGGAACCAAUAAAAUGGGGAAUAAUGACUUUUCCAUUCCCAAAGAAUGUAGGGAACAAUACAGUAUGCAAACAAGAAACGAGAGUGUUACAGGUGAAACAAAAACAGUAUAUAAAGCAGCAAUGGAAAUUGCCAGGAAGGCGAGAGGAUUGUUACAAAUUACUAAACCAUCAAUUUGUCCAAAGUAAUUCAAUGUUUAGUUUUGGAGACGUGGGAUGGUGUACAUAUGAUGUGGUUAAAGAAAUCAUAGCCCCUCAGGAGAGGAAGGAGUGGGUAUGCCGAGAAAAGGAUGAGAUAAACACAAAAUGGGAUUCUGUCUGGUCAACUAGCAUCUUACAAAAAUUCCAAUAUGGAGGUGACACACCUUGGUGUUUCAGAUGGACAGGGAAACAGAGUGUCACAAAUGAUUUAGCAUUACUGGCAACUAACAAGGUCAGUCGGGAUAUCAUUGAGAGUGUUUCAUGGUGGAACUGCUCUAAGACUUUUGAUUGUGACACAGACCCUAAACAAAUAGCAAUCCCUCCUGUAAGAAUAGCUUUAAUAACAGGAUGUUCAUGUCGAGAUCUGAAAGUUAACGGAAAAGUAAUACCAAUCCCAGAAACAGAUUGCAGAUACUCGACAAUACAUAGUAUGGGUAACUUUGUAUGGGCAGCUAACGAUGGAACCUGGACUACCCACCUCCCAGUGACAGGACCAGUACGGGAAAUAACUUUAGGCUUACCUACCCUAUGCCCGAUUUGGAAGCGAUCCCCUUUUUAAGGUGGAUUAGAAACCUUACAGAUUCGAACUAAAAGAGACAUAAACAAUGAUAUUGAAGAUAUAGAUGAUAUUUGGCAAGAACCUUCAACUGGAGUUAAAGUAGGCUGGGCGCUGGAAUCUCUUUUUGCUCAGGUAGCUGCUUAUCGUAAUAGGGAAAUGAUUUAUGAUUUAAUUGGACAAACUGAAAGACUAGCUAGAGUAACCAAGAAAGGAUUCAGAGAUCUAAAUUUGCAAUUGCAGGCCACAACCAAAAUGACCUUGCAGAACAGAAUGGCAUUAGAUAUAUUGCUACUAAAAGAACAUGGAGUAUGCGGGUACCUCAAAGACCGGACUGAUCAUUGCUGUGUACAUAUACCAAAUGUAACUGCGGACAUAGAAUAUGAUAUUUCACAACUCGGGAAAAUAGAAAAGGAGGCUGAAGGAGAAAAGGAGGUAAUUAGUCAUAACUGGA